CAGCAGGCGUUGGAUCCCCAGGCGGACCGACAGGUCUCGGGGCCCCCAGGUGGAGCGGCGGGGCGCCGGACCCCCAGGUGGAGCGACAGGUCUCGGGCCCCCAGGCGGAGCGGCGGGCGCCGGACCCCCAGGCGGAGCGACAGGUCUCGGGCCCCCAGGCGGAGCGGCGGGCGCCGGACCCCCAGGGGCGGAGCGACAGGUCUCGGGCCCCCAGGCGGAGUGUGGCGGGCGCUGGACCCCCAGGCUGAGCGACAGGUCUCGGGCCCCCAGGCGGAGCGGCGGGCGCCGACCCCAGGCGGAGCGACAGGUCUUGGGCCCCCAGGCGGAGCGGCGGGCGCCAGACCCCCAGGCGGAGCGUCAGGCACCGAGUCACCAGGCACGACAGUGGGCUCCGAGUCAACUGGCAUGACCGCUGGCACUGGGUCAGACAAUGGAUCGUCAGGCUGGACAGCGGGCAUCGGGCUGGGUAGAAACAUCAUGCUGGGUAGAGGCAUCAGGCUGAGUAGAGCAUCAGGCUGAGUAGAGGCAUCAGGCUGAGUAGAGGCAUCAGGCUGAGUAGAGGGCAUCAGGAAGCUGAGUAGGGCAUCAGGCUGAAUAGAGGCAUC